CAGGAAUUUUCCCACAGACCAACAACCAAUCAUUUUUCUUCCUGUCAGAAGAGGCUGUCCUUGGCGACUAUUAUAAAAGGGCAAACUUUGGGGCUAGAUUUAGGCCAGGCUCCUAGUCCUACUUUCGUCCAGCUGAUACUCUGGGCGAGGUGAACACCUCUGGCCUGACCUGGACUCUCAUCUCAGCUCUCAGCAUUAUCAUCAUGUUGAGCUCCCUCUUCCUCCUGAAGGCACUUCUUGCUCUUGGGACCCUGACAUCCUGGGUGGCUGCAGGAGAGCAUGUGAAAGAAGGAGAAUGUUGUCUUGACAAGAACCCGUGCAAAGAUUUGUGCCAAGGGCAUGAAUAGUGUCCAGUGGGGCAGAAGUGCUGCAGCACAGGCUGUGGUCAGGUCUGCCGAGGAGGCAUUCUCAAGGGGAGGAAAGGAGGUUGUCCUAGGAUUGUUCGGAAACAAUCCUGUUUUAAAAGGUGCGUAGGUGUCAAGAAAUGCUGCAGGUUUGGCAGCAGCAGGAGCUGUGUCAUCCCGAUCGCUAAACAGAGCGGGUGCUCUGAUUCUAUGGUAGAGUUUGGCGGUGAGUGUCCUGCCGACCCCCUCCCAUGCAAGGAGCUGUGUGAUGGAGACGAGUCCUGUCCUCAGGGGCAGAAAUGCUGCAGCACCGGCUGUGGACACAGCUGCCGAGGAGACAUUAUAGGAGGACGGGCCGGUACUUGUCCAAGAGUUUUGGUGGGCCUGUGCAUUGUCACCUGCAUGGGGGAUGAGACCUGCCCAGCCGGGAGCAGGUGCUGCAAGUCAGGCUGCGGGCGCUUCUGUGUUCCGCCGGAUAUGCUGCGCCUAGUUGGCCAGGAACCCUAACGGGACCAUGAAUUAGGGACCUUGGUGCCCUCGCUGUCCUGAUACCAGAGACCCUGGUGCCCUCGCUGUCCUGAUGUAUCCUGAGCUUCUCUGGCGACUCCAAGGGGCUUGUCCUGGAAGCCAGGAGAGGUGCUGUCCUGGGCUGGUGAUACUCGCAGGGGCUCUCAUUGCCUGCUUCUGUUCCUGCUGCUGCCUGAGCACAGGAGACAGCCCAGGGGUUGGGGAGUGGAUGUGUGGUGCUUCUAGUCUCCAAUAAAGGCUGGUGCUGAUC